UACAGUCAAUGGUUUGCUGCUGGACGUCUGCGCGAUGAACGCGUUUGUUUUUUACAGUCAAAUGUCUGGAAUAAGUGUGAUUAUGGAUAUCCUGUAUUUUCUGUGGAUACUGCCAGCGGUGUGGGCUGUCGAAGAAGUGCUAAUGGAUUCAACAACAGCAACAGCAGAACUGGGCUGGACCAUCAACCCAUCCCAGGGGUGGGAAGAAGUUAGUGGCUAUGAUGAAAACAUGAACACCAUCCGAACAUACCAGGUGUGCAAUGUCUUCGAUAGCAGCCAGAACAACUGGGUACGCACAAAUUACAUCCGUCGCCGUGGAGCUCAGCGCAUCCAUGUUCAGAUGAAGUUUUCAGUACGUGACUGCAGUUCCAUACCCAAUGUUCCUGGCUCCUGCAAGGAAACUUUCAACCUGUACUACUAUGAGUCUGACUCAGACACAGCCACUAAACUGUCCCCACCCUGGAUGGAAAACCCCUGGGUGAAAGUGGACACUAUAGCUGCUGACGAGAGCUUCUCUCAGGUUGAUCUUGGUGGACGUAUCAUGAAGAUCAACAGUGAAGUCCGGAGUUUUGGACCUGUUUCACGCAAUGGCUUCUACCUCGCUUUCCAGGAUUAUGGCGCCUGCAUGUCACUCAUUGCUGUUCGAGUCUACUACAGGAAAUGUCCCCGUGUGAUUCAGAAUGGUGCUGUCUUUCCUGAGACUCUGUCUGGAGCAGAGAGUACCUCUCUAGUGGCUGCCAGAGGGGUGUGUGUACCCAAUGGGGAGGAGGUGGAUGUACCCAUCAAGCUGUACUGUAACGGGGAUGGGGAGUGGAUGGUGCCCAUUGGACGCUGCAUGUGCAAAGCUGGGUAUGAGGCAUUGGAGAAUGGUACAGUCUGCAGAGCUUGUGUAUCGGGCUACUUCAAGGCUGCACAGGGGGACCAUAAAUGUCUGCAGUGCCCAAUUAAUAGCAGAACCACCAGUGAGGGAGCAACCAACUGUGUCUGUCGCAAUGGUUACUACCGCACUGACUCCGACCCUCAACAGAUGCCCUGUACAACUGUUCCAUCAGCUCCACAAAAUGUCAUCUCCAUAGUGAAUGAGACUUCUCUUAGGCUGGAGUGGAGCCCGCCACAGGAAGGCGGCGGCCGGGAAGAUGUCGUCUACAACAUCAUAUGUAAGAGCUGUGGCAGUGGGCGAGGUGGCUGCACCCGCUGUGGAGACAACGUGCAGUUUGUCCCACGUCAGCUGGGACUGACUGACACCAGCGUCCACAUCAGCGACCUCCUGGCUCACACGCAGUACACAUUUGAAAUACAAGCCGUCAACGGAGUGUCUGACCAGAGUCCUUAUUCACCACAGUAUGCAUCGGUCAACAUCACCACCAACCAGGCUGCACCAUCAGCAGUGUCCAUCAUCCACCAGGUCAGCAGAACCCCCAGCAGCAUCACCCUGUCCUGGUCCCAGCCUGAUCAGCCCAAUGGAGUUAUCCUGGACUAUGAACUGCAGUACUAUGAGAAGAACCAGGCAGAAUGGAACUCUUCUCUUACAAGGAGUAGGACCAACACAGCAGUCAUACGUGGCUUGAAGCCUGGAACUAUAUACGUCUUUCAAGUUCGGGCUCGGACUGUGGCUGGAUUUGGACGCUUUAGUGGCAAAAUGUACUUCCAAACCAUGACUGAAGAGGAGUAUAACUCCAGCAUUGAGGAGAAACUCCCCCUCAUCAUUGGUUCAGCUGCUGCAGGAGUAAUCUUCAUCAUUGCCGUCUCUGUCUUCAUAGCUGUCUGUCGCAGCAGGAGAAGUUCAGACAGACCAGAAUCAGAUUACACAGACAAACUCCAACAUUAUACCAGUGGUCACAUGUCACCUGGAAUGAAGAUCUACAUCGACCCCUUCACAUAUGAAGACCCAAAUGAAGCAGUCAGAGAGUUUGCCAAGGAGAUUGACAUUUCUUUUGUCAAGAUUGAACAAGUUAUUGGUGCAGGAGAAUUUGGGGAGGUGUGUAGUGGAAACCUCCGGCAGCCUGGGAAGAGAGAGAUCCUGGUAGCCAUUAAGACGCUGAAGGUGGGCUACACUGAACGUCAAAGGCGGGACUUCUUGAGUGAGGCGUCCAUCAUGGGCCAGUUUGACCAUCCAAACAUCAUCCACCUGGAAGGGGUUGUGACCAAAAGCAGUCCUGUGAUGAUCAUCACUGAAUUCAUGGAGAACGGAUCCCUGGACUCCUUCCUCAGGCAAAAUGAUGGGCAGUUCACUGUGAUCCAGCUGGUGGGAAUGCUUCGAGGCAUAGCAGCAGGAAUGAAGUAUCUGUGUGACAUGAACUAUGUCCAUCGGGACUUGGCAGCUAGGAACAUCCUGGUCAAUAGCAACCUGGUGUGCAAAGUGUCAGACUUUGGCUUGUCACGCUUCCUUGAGGAUGAUACUUCAGACCCCACCUACACCAGCGCUCUGUUGUCUUUCCAGGGAGGGAAGAUUCCCAUCCGGUGGACGGCUCCCGAGGCCAUUCAGUACAGGAAGUUCACCUCCUCCAGUGAUUGCUGGAGCUAUGGCAUAGUCAUGUGGGAGGUGAUGUCGUAUGGAGAGAGGCCCUACUGGGACAUGAGCAAUCAGGAUGUUAUUAAUGCCAUAGAGCAGGACUACAGGCUGCCGCCCCCCAUGGAUUGUCCUAGUGCACUGCAUCAGCUGAUGCUCGACUGCUGGCAGAAAGACCGCAACAACCGGCCCAAAUUCAGCCAGAUUGUCAGCACCCUGGACAAGAUGAUCCGCAACCCUAACAGUCUCAAGGCCACAACACCACUGUCAUCAAGUGUUCACUUACCUCUGCUUGAUCGCAGCGCUCCAGACUUUUCCUCUUUCAGCACAGUGGAUGAGUGGCUGGAUGCGAUUAAGAUGGGCCAGUACAAGGAAAACUUUGCCAACGAAGGCUUUACCAGCUUUGAUGUGGUUUCUCAAAUGACCAUGGAGGACAUCCUUAAAGUGGGAGUGACGUUGGCUGGCCACCAGAAGAAGAUCCUCAACAGCAUCCAGUCCAUGAGGGCCCAGAUGAACCAGAUCACCUCAGUGGAGGUGUGACACCAGGAGCAAACAGGCUCUGUAAACUGUAAGAAACUCAGCAGCCAACAACCUUGCACUCUCUUGAAACCACCUAGGAGGGGUGAUGACCCGCACACAGACUGUGACUCCAAUCUAAUCGCACCCUCCGUCCAUCCCUCCAAAUCUCUGGAAAAGGCGCCAUCAGUCUGCAGCACAGCACAGAUGUUGGGUAGUUUUCUUGUAGCUGUUGUAUGUCCAGGUAACAUUCACAACCUCGUCUUAAAACUGCUCAGUCUAUGUCUAUUUAAAGGACACUUUGUUUCAUUUAUCCCUUAGAAUAACACACCACAUUUAGUCCCACUAUCACCACAUUCAUACAUUCAACAACAUAUUCUUUUCAUAUUUUAGGACUCAAUGUUGAAAAUGAAUUAAAAUGAAAAACAGAAUUCAACUUGAUACUGCAAAAUGCAGAUAACCUUAUUACUUUAAAUUGAUAGCACCUGUUUUCAGAGAAUUUGCCACCUUUUUAAUUGCGUGACAGCAGAUUCUUACUGCUAGCUGUGACUCACGUGUUGUAGGGCGCCUUUUGACUGGUAGUCAAUGAGGAACAAUGCUGGUGGAUGCUUUAGUAAACUAGGCUAUUUAAAGUUUUUCCAUAACCUUUUCGUAAUAUCAAACCGCAAUGUCAUACUUUUAAGGCAAGCAGUUUCACAGUAAUGGACAUUAAAUGUAUUUGCAUUCAUUAAUUGCCUGUCUAUAUAAUAGUCUUCAUUGUCACUGCUGGAAUCCAUGAAGGCUUCAAUUAGCCUGUCUAUGCACAAGGGAUUCACAAAAAUCCCAGUCUUCUUUGGUACAGUUUUUUUGGCUGCACUGUUAACAAAUGAAGACGAGUUAGCUGCUACCAGUUGUUCAUUCAUUUAUGAUUUGCAAUAGAACCACACAGUUGGCACUAGUCAGCCUUUGCUGCCAGCUUUCUGACUGACUGAGCGGGUAGAAUUGCCAGAGAAAUCCAUCAAUGAGAGAAAUCACUGUGAUUGGACAAUCAGCUAAGGGAAGGGAAACUGAGAAGAAAGGGAAAGCGCCUCAAGCCCGUUGCUGUAGUAGCCAUGAUUUCACCCAUUUUAGGUCCAUUAGAAGUUGCUAUAUUAGUAAGAGUGGAACAAGAAAUGUUGCUUUCUCAUGAUAACAGUUUGUAUAUUCGCAGUCUGGAGUCUUCCCUUUUUGAAUGAUGAAUACAGACUACCGCUGCCCAGUGGUAUAGAGAUUUAUAUCCUCUCAUGCGGGCAAAAAGUGCACAAGCUAGUUGGCCAUCAGACGUUAAUGGUGUGUUCAAGUGCAGUUUUUUAGCUGAUACAAAGUCAAUGUGAGGUGACAUAACAGUAAGCCUUUGUUGCCGCUAGUUCUCUGAUGUCGGUUUGGUGUGUCUGAGCCCUACGAGAAGUAUUUCAGUGGCUGUGCUGUUAGAAGCUGCAGAAGUUGUUUGGACUGGUGAAUAGACAAAACAACCAUGAUGCUAAUGUCAGGCCACUGACUUUAAACAUGUCCUCCUUAAUGAAUCCUGUGUUAGCUGGUCAACUAAAAAUGCCAUAAAAUGGUGUGAACUGAUGUUUUUAAAGCCAUUUUGUUAUUAUGAUUCAUUUCAUAGCGUUUUCAUGCUGCACAUGAAUAUUGAGCAAAACAAUAUGCUGCAUGUCUUUACAGGCUGAUUAUUUUCAGUUGUCAAAGCAAAUUCAGUGUUACAGGGACAACACAGUUGUCAUUUUAUACAUAUCAAUAUACUACACUGCCCUAUUAUGGCCCACAGAAACAAAAAGAUGGAUGGGGUUUUAUGCCGUCUAGUCUCCACUGUGUGAGUGAUUCAAUGUCUUAAUUAGUUUACACUCUACCUGAUUUAUAGAAAAAACCAAUUGUGCCCCAAAUUCCAAAGUUCAGUCCCAGCUCAAACUUAACACAGUUUGUACAGAAGCACCUUAGAUCAAAUAUCUCAUAAUACAAGACCUGUUUCUCACCUCAUGUGUCUGAUCCCAUGUGUUUAAGUAUCAGCAUAUACUAAAACGACAAAUAUGGAGGACAGAGAAGAAGAGAAGAAAUGAUUUGCCAUAUUUCAGCUCCUUGCAAAAAGUGCAUGGAUUGGCAGACUAUCUUCCUUGGCAGUGCUCAGUGUGACUGUCCUGGAUACCUUUUCCUGUAUGCAAUAUGACUGAUGAGUUGUCAAAUAAUAUAAUGACAACCUAGUGUGUCUUUUUGUUCCAAGAACAUUAUAAUUGGUGUUGUCCCUGGUCCAUCAUUAAGAUUAAGCAGUCCCAUUGUUCUGAUGUCAAAGUUUGGCAGCUCGUGUUUUUCCUGGGACAUUAUCAGAAAUGCUGCUUCAGGACUAUUAUUUUAACCUAUAAAAUCAGUGUUGAAAACUACAUCUGAGAGCAAGCCAUCAUGGUUGGGUUGAGUAUAGGACUCUCACUCGGGAGACCAGCUGUUGUAUCCUAUUUAGAACAUACUGUCAUAUAGUUCUUUCAGUUCACUAACUUUCCUUUUCUUUUCAGAUUUCUGUUGCUAUUUGGUUAGGUUCAGGGAACCAAAAUACUUGGUAGAGUAAGGGACUUCAAAUAUUUGGUUAGAUUUAGUAAAACAUGGUUUGGGUUAAAAUCGACCCUUUCACAAUGUUAAACACAAUGGCCCUCAUGUAUCAAACGAACAUACGGCAGAAAACCGUGCGUACGACCAUUUCCACGCAAGCUUCGGAAUCUAUCAAUUUAGACGUGAGCAGAAGCUACGAUCAGAUCUCACGUCAGGUCUGAGCUCGUGUACGCAAAUCUGAGUCUGUGGAUUUGCGGUGCAGCAGUCACGUAUUUAGAACAGAUCAAAAUGGAUUUUUAAAACGAAUAAAGUUUUUUUUUAUCAAUAAUAAAAAAGCCCACGUUUUUACUGAUGCCACGUUUUUGUAAAAUAAAAUAUGAUAGGCUAAACAGCCUAACAUGACAACUAAUUAAAGUAAGACCUAAUAACCACGCUGGCAAAGCUGCUACAGAGCAGGGCAUGUGAGCGGAGCGAGGUCAGGUCAGAGCGCGGAGCAGGUUUUAAUCUAAAGGCCAGAGCGAUGGUUCCGUUUCGCUCCAGUUCUGUUCCGAUACCGCUCUCCAUGAGUCUAGGUCAUGCACAAGUCCACUCAGACUCACGUGUGCCUUCAAGAGUUAGCCUACAUCAGAGGUCAUUCGUUCAGAGAUGGAGUUUGUAAAAUAUUUCAAAAAGCGAGCAGACAGGUCAUAUAGGUGCAACGUCAGGAAUUGCUCCCUCUUUUAAAUUUGAGUGAACGUGGAGUGAUUUCACCUGAGCUGAAUGAAAUUUUAAAUGAGCGGAGAGCGCUCUUUGAGCGGAGCUGUCUGGUAUAACUUUGAGCGAUGGAGCGAACACCCACGUAAGUGGGGAGCAGAAAUUCUCUCAGCUCCGCUCACAUGCUCUGCUACAGAGCAGGAGCGCAGAUUCAAUAGUGCACACACACACACACACACACACACACACACACACUCACACACACACACACACACACACACACACACACGGGUCACAGUGGAGCUGCUUCUGGUUGCUGCAGGGCAGGUGGCUCCGUCUCGGACCAGCAGGGGGAACACUGCUGUAUACCCCAGAGAAAGUGUGCCAUAUUAUUUUGGCCUGUUCAGUUUUGCACAACACUGCAUUAGUGAACAGAGUGCCUGUGAUGUGCCGGAGCUGCCGGGAUGCAGAUCUCCAUCUCGGAACAGUUUAUUUUCUUGCCAGUGUUUCUUCUCUCCAUGUUUGACCUCAGUGGGCGAGGCCUCCGAACCAGGAAUAUUUAGAGGCGUAACAUGUUAAUGACGAUCGAAUUCAGCCGCUGCAUUUAUCAGGACCCGGUCAUUCGUACGCUGGGAUUGGUCAGAUACGAAUGUUUCAUAAAUCACACUUGUGUCCUGUCAUAAGAACAAUUCUGCGCUCAGAUCUGCACCCGUUUUCACGCAAGAUUUAUAAAUGAGGGCCAAUGUGUUUGAAAUGAUAACUUCUGCCAUGUGUGUACUUUCCCAGUCUUUUUCUCUGUGUUAAGCUAAGCUAUGACAUUACAAAAACAUGAUUGUCAGUAUCCAUGAUGGUCCUGGAGUAACAUUUAUUAUGAGGUUCCAGGAACCACACCAACAUAUUGAAUAAUCUUAGUUUAACAAGGCUGUCACACUUUCACAAAUUCACUUUGCAGAAUGAAAGUUCCUUAAUGGAAUCCAAGGAAACAGCCUUAAUAUUAACUUUGCAGUUGACACAAGAACAGUAAUAAGUCAUACAUCAAGCUAAACCCAUGAGAGAGUUUUACAAUCUGACGACCUGACUGACAUGACUUCAUUGUUUGUCGGUAGCUUCCAAACCCUUUACACAAUUCCAAGGAUCAUGUGCCUGUCAACUGUUACUUAAAGAAUAAGUUCAACCAAAAUGGCACUUCAGGCGUUAUCUACUCAUCCCCAUUACAAGUCAGGUGAAGUUUCAUAGUUCACAAAACAUUUCUGGAGGUUUACAGUGAAACAGCAUUGCAGCAUUUUCCUAAACAACUGAAAUACACAGGGAGUUGAUUUAAAACAUAAAAUAAGCAACUUAGAUAAGAAAUAUAACAGACAUAUUAUGGCUCAAGAAAGCUCGUCUUGUGUAAUGCAGGCCAUCCAAAGUUACUAGUUCCCAAAUUGAUUUGAAAAAUGUUAUUUACACCCUUUCUCAAGCCAGAAUCGUCACUGUAGCCACUAAGCUAAAAGUGCUGGCGCUCACCGUGUCUGAAGAUGUUGCACAAGCUUAACUGGCUGUCAAAGGUGUAAAUAAUGUCUUUUCAAAUCAAUUUGAGAUCUCUGGGCUUCUGAAGUCUUGGAUUACACUGAAUAACACGUAACAUAUGGAGCCAUUUUAAGUUUAUUUCUGUUGUACAAAGUCCCUAUCUAUUUAAGUUAAGGGGAAUGCUGCAACGCUGUUUGCUGUGAAGCUCCAGAAAUAUUAUGCAGGCUGCAAAACUUCACCUGACUUUCCAUCAGCAUAUGAAAAAAUGACUGAACUUUCAUUUUUGUGUGAAUUUAUCUCAAGGUUUGGGCAGGGUUAAGGAAAGAUGGUGGUAUGGUUUUGGUCAGGGUUUGGGUCUACAGCACCAUAACAGUGUUAUGCUACUUCUGCAUUUGUCAUGACAAGGAUGAUAAUUCACGUUGCCAUCACAAACAGCUGAUUCUGUCGUCGUUCUUCAUGAGGACGAAAGCGUCAUGACUUCCUUCAAAAUGAGCGUUAAUCCUCUCAGGUUUUCUGUAGGACUGACACCAUGGAUUAUGGGGCCUUCGUCUCUGCUCGGAUUUUCUCUCCAUUUGUGUAAUCCUUUUAUGGUUUCAAAUGAUCCAGCUGAGGUGAGAUGCUGAGUAUCGUACCAGCGAUUGGUGUAAAGGGAACAUGAUUUUUAGACAUCACAGAAACUGUACACUCUCAGAACUCUAUUUUGUGGGUAUUUAAAAAUGUGAAUUUUGAUAAACGUGUGCUUUUUAUAAUUGUUAAGCAGUUAUGACAAUAAUUUAUACUUCACAGUACAAAAAAGUGAAUUUUCACCUUGGGACAUGUGAUAUCUGUGUGAUUCAUUUUUGUUAUCAGGACAUUUGGCAUGUUUAGCAUCUUCCUUACACUGUACUAACACAAAGCACAGCUUUACCCACUUACUGUUGAUGUAUGGUACAAGAGUCUUUACCUUGUUUAUAAAUGGUCAGAAGUUCCUCAAUUUGUGUGAGGAACUGAUACUGUGAUAGCACCCAAUAGCACCCCCCAAUACAUAACAUUUCCUCCAGGCUGACUGUUGUGAAAGUUGUGUUGAAAUUGCAAAAUUGUUUAAUCUCUGGAGGGAAUACAUCUCCUUUCCAUUUUUUAUGUGUCAGUUCUUCCUUAUGAUCUGCUCACUAAAUGAAACAUUUUGAGUUACCGCAACUAAAACUCUCACUUGAAAUACAGUGCAGGCUUUAACAAGAUAGCCACAGUGGGUUAAUCCUACAUGGCACUUUUACCUCCCUCAUCUGAUUGUUACAUACUUGUGCACAAUGAGGUUUGAAGAAAUGCACUGAACUGCUUUACUUGUAAAAUACUGAGUGGUGCAUGUUUAUGUUUGAAUAUUUUUCUGUGUGUUAAGUGGACUGUUCAAAGCUGGCUCAUCUCAGACAUACUGCACACUGUGGCUGUGCCCUGUGCUCUGUGUCAGACUUCCUGGAGUCACACACCAUUUGUUACAUUUUAAUGACUGCAGUCUAUAAACGGUGCUUCCACAUCUCUCUUUCUGAAGCGCUUUCAACUGUUUUUUUUUUUUUCAGAUCCUCCAUUUUCCUUUGAUGUUUAAUAAAUGUUGUUCAGUCAGAUUUUUCAAUACCAAUCUGCACUAUUUUGUCAUACUACAUUAUGUGUGGUAUUAUUGUGACAAUGCUUUUAAAUGUGUUACAGACAAAAAAAUGACACUUUUCAGUACUGUACAUAUGGAUGGGAUGCACAUUUCAGUGUUUUAGCACACUGGGCCAAUACAGCACAUUGACUCUGUAACAGCAGUUACUGUUCAAACUUACAAUGUUAAUGUUAAUCUAGCUCUCCAAAUUACUACAUUUCAGAGAAAAAAUCUGUAUAGUUCAAAUUCUUGUAUUUUAAAAGUUUUUUUUGUUUGUUUGUUUUAAUGUUCGUCUCUUUACAUGUUUCGAUGUGUAAAUUAUUAAUUCUUACCAACUGUUCUGGAAUCGGCCCAAUAGAUUGCCUCAGCUGGCUGCAACAUAAUACUUUGGGGCAAUCUCCAACUGUCAAAGUUACGUCCGCUGGGGGCGCCGUUUAGCUAACUCGGUAGAGUGGGCGUCCUAUAUACAGAGGCUUUGUCCUCGCCACAGUGGUCCCGGGUUCGAGUCCCAGCCUGGGGCCCUUUGCUGCAUGUCACUCCCUCUCUCUCAACCUGUUUCCUGUCAUGUCUUCAGCUUCUAUCAAUAAAAAUGUUAAGUCCACUGAAAGUGCUUGUUUUUGCCACUGACAGGUUGAAGAUGUUAUUUUCAGUGUCUGACAAAAUUUCAUAAAUGAGUCUUAUGCAGGUAGACCUUUUUGUUAAAUAAUAAGAUCAGUUUUGUUACCAAAAACACAAGUCUCAUUGAAGGAGAGGUCCCACUCUGAAAUCUAAAGAGGUGAGUUGUUACAGUUUUUGCCUCAUCUACUUUGUCAAAAUCAGUAAAAUGCACAAAAUGUAACUGCUGCAGCUCGGGGACUCUCUAUAAAAACAAAACAAAAGACAUUUGCAGAGUUGUGUGUGGGGGGCCUGGUGGAGGUAUAGUCACUGACAGUCAUGUGCAGACCCUCAGCCUCUGGAGGAAUAAACAACGGGGUACCAAAAUCUGCUCUGACCCGUUUACCCAUGUGAGGAGAGCUCAGAGAUUACUGGGGAUUUCUUUCUUUUUAACACUGAAACUUGGGAACUUUUAGAAAAUGAAAGUACACAACAUAACUAAAUACAGACAACAGCUGUCUAGUUGUUUUAAGACAUGGUUAUGCAGCAUUUUUACAUGUUAUAUCUUAAGUAGUCAGCCAUGACUUUGGAAAUAUGUUCUUGCUGGCAGUACCUGUAGGUUAUCUAUGUCUCUCUAUCUCACUCUGAUUCACAUUUCCACUGUCAACUUCCUGCAACAGCUGAAUGAGAUUUGUGUUUCUGGUUACAGAAAGGAUUGUAUUAUUUAAUGAAAAAGGUCUACAGAAAUUGCUUCGGUAAUAUUGUCAGACAUUUAACAUAAUUAACAACCGCCCCCUGUCAGUGGCAAAUACAAGAACUUUUAGUGGACACAGCUUUGGCAGUUGGAGUUGGCACAAAGGAUUAUGUUGCAGCCAUCGCAGCACUGUCACAGCUGCCAGCUGAGGCAGUCUGAUAGACCUUCUGCAUAGCUUUUGAUAAGAAUGAAUCUUUAAAUCAAAUUGUGGAAAUAAAAGGCCCAGGUUCAAAAACACCUGAAUUCUCCAGUCUACCUUACAAAUUUGAGCACACUACAGUAUAAAUGAACAACCAUUAAAAGUAAAGUGGACAUUUUUUUUUCUUUUGAUUGUUUUACAUAGAAGAUAUCUCACGUGUCAAAUUACCACACCAAACAACUGUAUUAUAUUAUGUAUAGCAACUCUGGCAAUUGAAAAGACAUUAACUAUGUAGCACUGAAGGAAAUAUUGCACAACACACUCACUCAUAGCAGUGUUACAUUCCUAUCGCCUGAUGCUAUUUUUAUUACUUUUUUAAUAAUUAAAUCCUGCUGUGAAUUUAGAGCCAAAAUACAGAUUUUGUCUUUGUAUGUGGGUUCAUUCACAAACACAGAAAUGAUCUCACUUGAAUAGGACCUAUUUAUGUACAAUUUAAAGAGAACAUUACAUUUUUGUGUAACUGUUUGAUUGUCCCUGCGCCGUCGUCGUCCAUGUGCUGGCCCAUGCCUGAACUACACUGUGGCUGCUUUUCAGUCCUUGCAUAGAGCUGAAAAGUGCCUGAUUCUGGCAGUAGUUUUCCACUUCCUUAUUUCUAAAGUUCUUAUUUGCUUUUACUCUUAGACUGGCAUGUUUUGUACAGUGCUGGAGUCAGAACACAGUCAGUAUUAUGAUCAGCAGCAGAUUAACAGAGCUGGCAUUGUUCUGUUGUAUGUCAGUGCCAUAAGGUGCUGAAACAAUUUCUUGAUACACUAUUUAUCCUGCACAUCCCAAAAUGACAAAGAUAUAUCACCACUCCCAAAAUAAACAUGACCACUCUAGUGUACAUGGGCUUAGGCAGGGAAACUAUCCCACUAAAACUACUUGAUUACGUUUAAGCACUGAAACUACUUAGUUAGGUUUAGGAAAACAUAGGGUUUGGGUACCUAGAUUACAAAUGUAAAUGUAGUUCCAUUAUUUACAUGCUGUUGUUUAACUGCAUUAGUAAUUACAGAGAAAAGACUGUGGGAAAGGAGUAUCAGCAGAGAGGUGAAUGGAUAGUUCGAUGACAAUGCCUUCAAAACAGCCCAGUAGCCAGGAUAAAUUGUUGCCAGGUAAUGUUUCUGUUGAACCACUGGCAAGUUCACACCAGAUGGACAUUUCUAUAAAACAUUAUAGAUACGUCACAUUCACAUUACACAUCUAUGACCUGGAUUUCAUAUCUAGAGGUGGAGACAGUGAAUGCAGUUUGAAACGAUGUGUUUUGUGGCAACAAAAAUGGGUCUUUUUGACCGGGAAGUCAUGGUAUCUCCUGCUGUAUUGGUAAUGGGAGAGAUCAGUGAAAAUUACUUCUCUGAAUGAAGUAUUUCAGCUUUAUGCAGUACGUGUUCCCUUUAAUGCACAAUCUUCCUUUUUGCCUGACCUGGUGUGACCCUGCAAGUAUUUCUACUCUGUGUAGCCAGGAGUUUGAAUGACCUUUCCUGGAACCUUUUUUUUUUUUUGUUUUUUUUGGUCCAAAGCACAUGGGACACAGGGGUUAAUGUUAGAUUCUAGAUGGUUCACCCACAAGCACACAAGCCUCUCUUCUCAGCCCUUACCACUGUGAUCUCACUUGGACUUUUGUUUUUUCUAUUUUAUGUUUUUUCUGUAUAAAUGUAUAUUUGAUGGCAUACCUGUGAAUGAUGUAUCAAUUUGAAUUAUUUGUAAUACUGGUAUUGGUUUAUUUUGUAAAAAACAAGUAAAUGAAAAAUAAAGAAAGAAAAGAAAAAAAUGAUAACUCA